AUGGAAACUGAUUAUGAUUAUAUUGUCUUAGGCACUGGGAUAACUGAAAGUUUUAUUAGUAUCUUGCUUUCAGCUAAUGGGAAAAGGGUGCUUCAAGCAGACAAAAAUAACUUUUAUGGGGGAGAGAUGAGAUAUCUGGAUUUGAAUGAAUAUUGAAAUAGCAUUCCAAAUAAUGGAGCAAUUCCACAAUUCCUGGGGAUGCCUAGGAAAUGGAUAUUUGACCUCAUCUCAAAAUUUAUCAACUGAAAAGGAAAAUUCAUUAAAUUAUUAUAUUCAAGUGCACUAUUAGAUUACUUAGAAUUUAGAAAUAUCGAAAGGACCUUUAUAAGCACUGGACCCAUAGAUACUGACCUCUGAAAAAAUAAUUUAAAAGCGAUCCCUAAAAACUGCAUUGAAGUAAUAGAAACGAAUUUGAUGGGAGUAAAUGAGAUAGAUCAGAGCAAAAAUUUUUAUAAUUUUAUCCAAGGAAAUGAUUUUUAUAACGGAUUUAUUUAUAAUGGAGCAAAUUUAUCUGAAACCCCAUUUCGAGAGCUUAUUUUAAAUUUUAGCUUAAGCGAUGUGUCUCUUGAAUUCAUUAAACAUUACAUUGGAGUAAGAUGAGAAGACACUCUUAGUCAAAAUUCGCUUGAAGUAUUAAUGGAUUUGAAGAGAAAAAUGAGCUCAUUUGAAAUUGAGGAUUAUAAUCAGUUUAUAUAUCCCCUUUAUGGUCUAUCUUCUAUUAUUGAGGGAUGCUCUAGGUUAACAGCAAUAUAUGGUAAUUUAUUAACUCUUUCUUCUACUAUUGGAGACAUAAAUUUCCAAAACAGCAGUGAAAAAAUAGAAAUUAGCAUAAAUGAUGAGAAAUAUAGAGCAAAUGCAAUAAUAUGCAGCCCAGAUUAUGCUAAUUCCCUUCCCUAGAGGGGUUUAGUUUUUUUUUUUUUAAAAAAUUUGCAUAUAAAUUUUAUAGAAAAUUUAUUUUUCGAAAUUUAAAAAAUUCCACUUCGCAAAAAUUAAAAAAGCAAAUAUUACUUUAAUUUGUAAAAUUUAUGUUUUAGAGCACAAUCUGUUUUGAAAUUAAACAGAAUUUAGCUCAAGAUUUCAUAUAAUAAUUAUCACUUAUAUAUCAAAUAUUUUUUCUAUAAAAAUUUUUCUAUUAAACAAAUUUUCUUCGCUCACGAAGGCAGGCUUUUGGGCAAAAAAUAGGGAUUUUUCUAAUGGUUUUGUUCGUUCACGGAGGGGGAAUAAGAAAUUUAUUGAGCUAAAAAAGCAGCAAACAAUAUUGAGAGCCACCUAUAUUUUUCUGCAUCCUAUUAUUGAUGAUUUAUCAAAAUCAUGCCACAUAACCUUAUCAAAGAGGAAUAUCAAUAGGGAGCAUGAUAUCUAUAUUACUUGCCUUGAUGAAUCUUUCAGUGUCUGCAGAGAUCAUUACAUUGUUUGUGCAAGCACAGUAAUGGAGUCUGAUAAUCCUGAAUUUGAACUCCUUUCUACAAGGAGGCUAUUAGGACAUUACUUCAAAGUUGUUUAUCACCAAUACGAUAUUUUUGAUUGAGAUAAAUCAACAGUUCCUAAUAUAUUUUAUUUUAUUGAAUUAAUUUAAAAACAAUUUUAAAAGCAAACCCCUAUUUAUUUGAAAUGCUAAUUUAUUAGGUGUCGUAUUAGCUUAAGAUAGCUUAAUUUAUUUAUUACCAAGUCUUACGAUCCUUCAGCAGAUAUGGAGAGCAUUGCUGAUGAUAUCAUUGAACUAUAUAAGGAGGCUACUGGAACAGAAUUAAAGUUUAGCGAGCAUAAUUAA